AUGUCAGUUAAGAAUGGCGUUGAAAUGGUUAAAAAAGUAGCCGAAUUUAUUUCCAAAGGCACCAGUUUUGAUCGCGUUACUCAAAUGGUUAAAAUAACGAGUGGCGGCGAAGGGCGUUGCGUGGGCGAAUUUACGGUGGCAGCUGAGCAUUUAAAUCGCUUGGGCUCCCUGCACGGCGGUUUAACGGCCACCAUAUUAGAUAAUGUAACUACAUACGCACUAAUGUCCAAGGGCUCUCAUCCCGGCGUUACCUCUAGUCUAAGUGUGAGCUACGUAUCUGCGGCCAGACCAGGAGAUGUUAUAGAGGUGGAUGCGAAUACGCUGCAUGCUGGACGCAAAAUGGCAUACAUUGAGUGUGUGCUGCGCAAUAAAGCGGAUGGCAAGAUCAUUGCAAAAGGUGGACAAACCAAAUACGUGGAUUUCAACACAGAGUCAAGCAAAUGAAUGUAAUCAGUUGUAAAACUAAAUAAAUAAGAGAUAACUCAAUCUGAUGAGCUCGCUCUAAUGACGUCAUCCAUGCAAAUGAGAUGAGCUCCUUCAUCUGUUGAAUGUGGAGAACCAUGAACUAUCGAUAGUCUGCAGCACUAAAACGCUCAUCUCUAGAGCUUAUUGUUAUGAUUGUUUUUAUUUGUUAUCCACGCGUUUCGUAACAACACAAAUAUGGGCACACGCAAAAAGGGCUUGGAAUUUGCUAAGCAUAUAUCUGAGAUUAUAGCCAAAGCGACAGGAUUUGAGCGGCACUUGGAAAAGGU